AUGUAUCUGAGGGCUGCAACCAACAACAGGGCAGAGACUGCUCUAGGUUACUUCCUCGAGGCAGUAGGAAAGCACAAGUUCCCUCACGGUAUGCAUACUGUUUGGGAAAACUCGGAUAUUGGCAGACAGUUCAGCAUUUUUCAACACGGUCAUACAUGGGUUGUUGGUAGCAGAAGUCUUCUAGGUUGUGGGCAUGUUUUGACCCCUGUCGAAGCCUUUCGCGUCAAAAGCAACGCAGCCCUGCGAUUCAACAAAGCACACGCUCAGCUACAUGGCCGUGCACAACAGGUCUUUGGCAGUUUGAAAAGCCGUUUCCAGUGCCUCCGUGACAUCGGCCCCAUUCAGUCACCUGAGUUGGUGGCAUGCACCAUCAAAGCCUGCUGUGUCCUACACAACAUCUGCAAGAAGUUCUCUGUGCCGUUACCCUUGGAUUUUAGCACAGAACCACUCCAUCCACCAUCAGAGGUGGUGAACAUCCUGGCAGAGCAGCCAUUUGACUACAUGGAAGACACUAAAGAGGAGAUGAUAGAAAUGUUUUUUAAUACUGCAGAAGAUGGAAACGAAUGAGAUGUGACCAGAUGUGUGAAAGAACAGUUAUGAUAGCAAGAAGCCAGAAACCCUUAGUUUAAACCAUGUACUGAAUUCUAUGAAUGAAGUGAACACAGACAAAUGCAUGCU